UGUUUAUUUUUCACCCCAAAAAUUUCAGUAACCCUGCAAUAACCCUUCAUCACCGCUAAUGUCAAAAGUUGAAUCAGCUGUAAAGAUUCCAAAAAUGUAGUUAAUUUAAAUCAAAAUUUACCACCAAUUUAAAACUAGUAUAUACCGAGAAUGUCAAUAAUUUGCGAAGAAAUUUUUGACGAAAUCACCCACCCCUCCGAAGAAGAAGUAAAAGACUAUGCCCAAAAAAUUGGAAUAGACCCUGAUUCAGAACCUCAGCUAUUACCUAUAGCAGCUGAGGGAUUGAUGAAAGCUUUGCCUGCCGGUUGGAAACCUUGCUACGAUGAUAAAUCAAAAUCCUACUAUUACUACAACAAUCUAACAAAAAAGACGCAAUGGGAACAUCCGUUGGACGAUAUAUACAGGGGUCUAGUAAAGAAGGCACGAAACGAAAGUCAAUCUCUGAGUUUACAUGAUAAUAGAGAAGAUGCUACGUACAUGGCGGAUGAUAUACUUAGUAUGGACGAACCAAUUUCCAAUACGGCGGUCAAGAAAUUGGAUCCAUUGCCUUUGGGUGCAAAGAAAAAAGACGUACGGCUCUCACCCUUAAAACUAAGUCCUAAUUCUAGCCCUAAAAAAGAUAUAAAACUGUUCAAACAAAAAUCAGAAGACUUUUCGAUGGGACCGAAAAAACUAUCGCUUGGAUUCAGUAGUUUCGACGAUGCUGAAAAAGAACUGACUUUUGCGGGACAUCCCCGCAGCAUGGAACUCAAAGUUGCAGGUGGUGGUUCCAUGUUUCUUAAAUCGAAUACUGUUAGAAAAACCAGCGAUGCUGGACUCGGUUCUCUUAGCACAAAGACUGAUAAUACUCAGGAUUUACAUCCACCAAGAAGUAUUUUGCGUGAGAAAAAUGCUAUAGAACAUUCAAAAAGUCUGGAAUUCGACAAAAUACCUCAACUCGACAAAUCAGAAAAAGAAGACGACGAUAAAAAAAGUGUACGAUUCAAUUUGGACAAUAACACAGACAUAGGCAUUACUCUAUCAGACAAAAGUUCAAGCGAAGAAGAAAUAGUAAACAGUGACAAAAAUAAACCCGAUGAAAUUUUUAAUAUAAAAUUAACCCCCAAUAAAAAUAGGUUUUCCGUACAUCCUGUAUUAGAACCAUUAAGAAAUGGUCCUUUAAAAUUAAUCAAACCAAAUCCUAUGGACUUCAUAAAACCAAAAUUAACUUUAAACAAAGGUUCCGAUUCCGAUGAAGAAACACACAGCUUAGAAAAAACUGGCGUUGAUAACCCCGAAGCACUCUUUGACACAGAACAUUCCGAUUCGUCUGAAGAAAAACCGAAGAAGCUGGAAGAAAAAGCGGAAAAUAAAAUAGUAAAAAUGAAGCAGAAUAUUUGGGAAGAAAAAAACAAAGAGAUGGUUAAAUUCAAGAGCGAUAUUGAAACAUCGCAUAAACAAGAAUUAAAGCGAGUACUAGAAGAAGAAAAAUCGAAGCAUGAUAAUGCAAUGAAAAUCGAAACGAAACGAUUAAAAGACGAAUUGAAGAUAAAGCAUCAAUUGGAACUGGCAGAAGAAAGAGCCCAACUAGACGAAAAAUUAAAGAUGCUAAAGACUGCUUUAGAAAUUGACAUUAAGAAGCAAGAGGAAAGUCUAAAAAAGAAUUUCGACGGCAAGAAAGAAGAAUUAGAGAAAUAUUACGACGAAAAAAUUGCAGAAACCGAAAAAGAACUAGCCGAAAAAGCAGAAAGAACUAGAGACGAUUUAUUAAUGAACCACAACGCCGAUGUCGAGCAACUGAAACAAAAUCAUUCGAUUAUCAUCGAAGAAUUAAAAAGACAAUUCGAUUCCGAAGAACAAGUUUUAAGAAAGUCCCAUCAAUCCAAGAUGGCCGAAAUACGUAACAAAAUUCAGACUGAUAUGGACCAAGAUAAAAACCGAAGUUCCUUCGAUGACAAAACCUUCGAAAAAUUGCGGUGCGAAAAAAGAUUGCUAGAAGACAAAUAUAAAUGUUUGAAGGAAAAAUAUUUGAAAUUAAAAACGGAAGUGAAAACGACGAUGGAAAGAAGGAGCAGAAAGAAAGAACAAAGCGCUACGACAAAUACCACGGGGUCCGAAACUGAACAGAGCAAUUCUAAUAAUAAAGAUAGAAAAGUUUUAGAUAAACCGCCAACGCCAAAGCACUCCCGAAUGUCCAAUUCGGAAGAACUUAAAGAAAAAGAACCUAAAACCGUCAAACAUGUUGUGAUACAAGACUUUGAUACUUCCGUUAGCGAUAAUUGUUACCAUAGUGAUGAUAAGACAAAUCAAAAUGACAGUUCUGAAAGUAAUAAUCCUGGUAGAAGCAAAAAGAAGAUCUUUUCAAGAUUAAAAAGUUCUUCUACUUCCCGCAUUAACAACAACUCCAAACAACGAAAACCUCAACGUUCCUGUUCGCCAGUCGAAAACCUCCGCAGGCAACUCCAGAAAUUGGAAGACCUAGAAGACCAGUUUCCGGAUAAUGCGCAGGCCGGCACCUAUCACUUGAGAUACCCGUUUUCGGACGGCCAGAAGUUCGAGGGUAGCUCCGAAUUGGAAUUCUUCCGGCACAGGAUCCAUUUGGAACGGGAUUCCAUCAAGAGAGCCAAAGAGAGUCUGCGAAGCCAGAAGAGUUUGUUCCAGCAGCGACAGAAGGAGUUGAAGCUGAAGCACGGAACGAUGGCCAGGCAUACGUUGCAGCAGUUGUGCCAGGAAGAAAAAGAACUGACUGACAUGGAGGUGAACCUCCAUCGAACGCGCAGCCUCCUGGGGGAAAAAGUCAUUCGAUUGCGUCAUCUCGAGCAAUCCUUGCAACGAGCUAACAUUCAAAACGACCAAACUCACGAAGACGCAACUUUGAGCGAUAUUUCGUCUCACAGCGCUAGUUCUGGGGAUUUCCUCGACGGAAUUCGCUGCUGGGGACUACUCCAAAGGGUUGUUGAACAGAGACAAGUUUCAGGAGAGUUCCGAGAUCAUUUAUAGUUUGGAGAAUUUAAAUUCUGAGAUUAGGGAGAUUUGGGAUGUGCUGAGGAAGCAGCAACAGCAUACAAAUAUUCAGCAAGUUAUCCCGCCCUUGGUCUAUCCAGACUUAGGUUGGCCGGUUUUGGCGGCAACGACGAGCGUACCAGCUGCGCCACCUUCGAUUCCAACUCUCGCUGACCGGCUGCACAAUUACAGGCAACAUCUCGCUUUGGCAAACGCUCAGAGUACCGUGGUAACGCACGCUACGCAAGGAGCUACUACGACAUUAGUGGAGAGAACUAGGAACUUGCGGCAUUGGUUGAAACAGACUGGACUGGACGGUGGUGGAGGUGGAGGCGGAGGGGGAGGAGGGAAUGAUACGAAUCCUCCUCAAGCGACGCUGUAAAAGGAUAUG